GGCACCGCUCGGCCCGCAGCCUCGCCCCGAGAGCCGCCUCCUGGGCAUCGCUGCUGCUGCCCACUCUGGAAUGUGCGGCUGGGGACUGGGAGAAGCCGGGGCUGGGGGAGUCGUCCUGGUGGAGAGUUUCUCUCUGCAGGUCUCCAAGGUUGGGAAAUUCUGACCCACUGGAAUUCCCAGAGCCUGGGAGUUGAGCCUAAAAACGAUCUGUUGCUUUAAAGCGGCGCGGUGGGGAGUAGCUGGACACUCCUUAUUUUGGUUUUACAUUAAAAAGAGGGAGGCCGACGAGAUGUGGUAGGUGACUUCCUAGCUGUGUCAAUUGCUACCGGGCUGUGAAUGGUGUUAAUUUCCGAAGUGGGCGACUCCAAAUACAUAACAAAGAGUUCAGGUAACCAGAAGCAUUGGAAGGACACCUUGCAUCAGUCACCCCACAGAGAUCAGCCAUUCCUGGGCUCCCUGAGGAGGUUUGGAUUUGCCUCAACGGAUACUCCAAAAGUUGAACUGAGAAAUACGAAGCAAGCUGCCUGAAUUCCCUGUGUAUUCUUGUCCUACAUCUAAUAAAGGACAGAUCAACUUGGUGGGUUUUGGUUUCCGCCAGCCGUGGAUGCCUUUGACAUUAUGACCGCAGAGGAUUCCACCGCAGCCAUGAGCAGCGACUCGCCCGCAGCGUCCACGGCCAAGGUGCCCGAGGGCGUGGCCGGCGCGCCCAACGAGGCGGCCCUGCUGGCGCUGAUGGAGCGCACGGGCUACAGCAUGGUGCAGGAGAACGGGCAGCGCAAGUACGGCGGGCCACCCCCCGGCUGGGAGGGCGCACACCCGCAGCGCGGCUGCGAGGUCUUCGUGGGCAAGAUCCCGCGCGACGUGUACGAGGACGAGCUGGUGCCCGUGUUCGAGACCGUGGGCCGCAUCUACGAGCUGCGCCUCAUGAUGGACUUCGACGGCAAGAACCGCGGCUACGCCUUCGUCAUGUACUGCCACAAGACCGAGGCCAAGCGCGCGGUGCGCGAGCUCAACAACUACGAGAUCCGCCCGGGGCGCCUGCUGGGCGUGUGCUGCAGCGUGGACAACUGCCGCCUCUUCAUCGGGGGCAUCCCCAAGAUGAAGAAGCGCGAGGAGAUCCUGGAGGAGAUCUCCAAGGUCACCGAGGGCGUGCUCGACGUGAUCGUGUACGCCAGCGCGGCCGACAAGAUGAAGAACCGCGGCUUCGCCUUCGUGGAGUACGAGAGCCACCGCGCAGCGGCCAUGGCGCGCCGCAAGCUCAUGCCCGGCCGCAUCCAGCUGUGGGGCCACCAGAUCGCCGUGGACUGGGCGGAACCGGAGAUCGACGUGGACGAGGAUGUCAUGGAGACGGUGAAGAUCCUCUACGUGCGCAAUCUCAUGAUCGAGACCACCGAGGACACCAUCAAAAAGAGCUUUGGCCAGUUCAACCCCGGCUGCGUGGAGCGCGUCAAGAAGAUCCGCGACUAUGCGUUCGUGCACUUCGCCAGCCGCGAGGAUGCCGUGCAUGCCAUGAACAACCUCAACGGCACGGAGCUGGAGGGCUCGUGCCUGGAGGUGACGCUGGCCAAGCCUGUGGACAAGGAGCAGUACUCGCGCUACCAGAAGGCGGCCAAGGGCGGAGCCGCUGCAGAGGCGGUGGUGCAGCCUCCCAGCUAUGUGUAUUCCUGCGACCCCUACACGCUGGCCUACUACGGGUACCCCUACAACGCGCUCAUCGGGCCCAACAGAGACUACUUCGUGAAAGCAGGCAGCAUAAGAGGCCGGGGUCGAGGUGCUGCUGGCAACAGAGCCCCAGGGCCCAGGGGUUCCUACCUCGGGGGAUAUUCCGCUGGCCGUGGUAUAUAUAGCCGAUAUCAUGAAGGGAAAGGAAAGCAGCAAGAAAAAGGAUAUGAACUUGUACCGAAUCUGGAAAUCUCUGCUGUCAAUCCAGUUGCCAUUAAGCCUGGUACAGUGGCUAUCCCUGCUAUUGGGGCCCAGUAUUCCAUGUUUCAGGCAGCUCCAGCUCCUAAAAUGAUUGAAGAUGGCAAAAUCCACACAAUGGAGCACAUGAUCAGCCCGAUCGCGGUGCAGCCAGACCCAGCCAGCGCUGCCGCCGCCGCUGUCAUUCCCGCUGUGUCUACACCACCACCUUUCCAGGGCCGCCCCAUCACUCCUGUGUACACAGUGGCUCCAAACGUUCAGAGAAUUCCCACUGCCGGGAUCUAUGGGGCCAGUUACGUUCCAUUUGCUGCUCCGGCCACAGCCACGAUUGCCACACUACAGAAGAACGCCGCAGCCGCUGCCGCCGUUUAUGGAGGCUACGCAGGCUACAUACCUCAGGCCUUCCCUGCUGCUACUAUUCAGGUCCCCAUUCACGAUGUCUACCAGACAUACUGAGACUGGUGACGAGACCCAAAACCACUGAAGGAACACUUUACUAUUUAUGAAGAAAGAACAUGUUGAAUUAUCACACAGAUAAAACCUGAAAGUGAAGAAUGUUAUCAAAUAUCAUGCUGAAAUAUUUUAUAUACAUGAAGUUUUCACUAGUUUUUUAAGACUUUUCAACUUAGCAGGCCUGUGUUCAUACAUUUCUAAGAGACUUAUAAUGGUUCGUGCCUUAAUACCAUCUCUUAAAAAUUUGUAUGCUGUAGUACAUUUGUAUAGAGGUUUUAUGUUUUUUUUUUUAUUUUUAAGGAUAUAUUUUCAGUAUGAAGGUUAUUUUCUUAACUUCUGCACUCCAGAGAUUUCUAUUUUGUAGUACCUUCAAUAAUAUAUCAACUAUAUGUUAAAAAGCACACUUGAGCAGCUAGGGAACUAUUUUGAGAAAUAUAGUCAAUAUUUAAAGAUACAAACAAUAGUGCUUUAAAAAUACUACAGAAAAGGUUAUUUUAAAAUUUAUACUGGAAAGUGCAAUUUGAAAAUGAGUAAAACCUCUAUUUCUGUUGGCAUUAAGGGUUAACGAUGUUCUCGUGUGUUAUUCAUGCUGGGUCUAUUCUUUAAAAGAAAGUGAACACUCAGUCGCUCCUUAAGCCAACACUGAAAAGACUUGUCACAUUUCUGAGUCCAGACACUGGAAAGCUCUAAUCUGCCACCAUCACCCUGGACCCCUUCUUAUCCCCUCCUUCUAUCCCCAAUCCCAUCUUCCAGGUUGGCAAGUCGAAGAUAUGAAUUAUUCUAGUAGAGAAAACAUUGAUGGCUUUUUUUUUUUACUUCUUCCUGGGUUUUUGUUGGGGUUUUUUUUUUUUUGUUGCAUUGUGGUUUUUUGUUUGUUUGUUUUGGUUGGGGAGGUAUUUUUAAUAGCAGAGUAUGAGUAAGCACAAGAUUUUUAAUAGUUUUCAUAAGGUAUCUUUGCAUAGCUAUUUAAUUGUCCAAUAUAAAAAACCUUAAGUCCUUUUGAAUGCUUUUAUUUUAUUUGUUUUUGAAGUAUGAGUUUGUAGAGACAAGAGAAUGUUAUUUUAGACAAGACCCCCAAAGAUUCUUGUCACAGAAAGUUAUGCUUCUGGUUGCUUCAUCAUGUUUCUUUUAAGAAUGUCUGGUUGCUAAGGGUGUUGGAAAUACUGUUUUUCAAAUAGGACUUUUCCUCCAUUGCUGUGCACAUGGCAGGUAAAUGGAAUUGGGGUGUGCACACCCAGGAGAAGGUAGAGAGGACACCCCCCACCCCAGGAUUUAAGAAAUAGUUUGUAAAUAUCUCCUACUGCUCCUUUUUAGUUAUUUUAUGUUGCGGAAGUUCGUGGUAUCUAGUUUAAUGCAAAAUGAAACCAUUUUAUUUCAAUGUUAUUAAAGAAGUUUGUUUUAUUAGGAAGUAAAUAUAUUGUUGCAGUGUUUUGUGCCUGUUUAAAGGCUGUUGUUUAGCAGAGUGAAUGUAAAAUACAGUAAAAUGUUAAGAUUGUAAUCUACUUUAUGAAUUACAUCAACUUGGAAUUUUUUUUAAAGAUUCUAUCGAGGAAGUGAGGUGUGCAAUAAGUAGCAAUAACACAGUUGUGUUUUUAUGUCAUAUUAGAGAUCCAUAAAAUCUUUCCACACUCAAUUUUUGCUGAAGGCUGAGUUCUUGUUCUUGGGUGAAUAAUAGGAUCUGGCCUUCAGCAAAUAUUUUAGUUUUGUUUUAAAAUAAGAGAUUCCCAAGUGCCCUUCCCCCCACUUCCCCUAUCUUAAGGCAAGAUGAUUUUUUUUUAUAUAUAUAAGCAAUAUUUAUUUAACUAUUCUGUAAAAUUAUUGAGUGCCUGCUAAGGCCUUUAAACAUUCCUUUCCAGCAUUCUUAAAUGACAUAAAGUAAUUGUGCAAUGUUCCUGAUGAUGUACCCAACAAGCUGCAUCUAAACCCUGUUGGAAUAAGUUAUCCAACAAAAUGCAGUUCGGAUCAGAACCUCAUCCUUUGACCCUGUGUGAAAGAAGAAGUAUCCUUCCCCCGAGGGAUGGUCACAGAGGUUUGCUGGAUGAGACUGUGACCCAGUAGACUUACUGUAUUUUACAUGUGCCUGUAAAUUAUUUGCCAAAAGGAAAAAAAGUUAAGAAAAAGGAAAAGAGAAUUAUUUUAACAUGGCAGCCACCAAACUACCUUAAAAACAAAUGUGGUGACAUAGUCAGCUAAGUGUCAGUGAGCCUCCUGUCUGUGUUCUGUUCCUGUUGUUUCGAAACCAUUUCACAUACACUACUGAGGUAAGUUUAUAACUUGAAAUGUGAACUUUUUUUUUUUUUAGGGUUAAGAACAAACUAUAAAUGUAAAAAAAAAGUUUUAGCAUUCUGUUUUCAAACAUGCUCAUAGUUUAGUUAUCUUUAGCUGCUUCAUAUUGGAAAAGCUUUUAAAUUUAAUUAGAUCUUGCUCCACUUACAGUACAUUCUUGGGAUGUAUGUAGUAAAUAAAGCUUUCUU